UGGGCGGCCGCGUGGACUUCGAGGACUUCGUGCAGAUGAUGGGCCCGAAGCUGCGGGAGGAGCCGGCGCACAUGGUGGGCGUGCGGGAGCUCAGGAUCGCCUUCCGCGAGUUCGACGUGAACGGGGAUGGGGAGAUCAGCAGCUCAGAGAUGCGGGAGGCCAUUGCCGCGCUCCUCGGGGAGCAGCUCAAGGCGCAGGAGGUGGAUGAGAUCCUGCAGGACGUGGACCUCAAUGGGGACGGCCGCGUGGACUUUGACGAGUUUGUCAUGAUGCUGUCGUCCCGAUAA